AUGCGGCGCAUCCGAUCUAUGCGGACGGAUCCCGAGGACGCUGCUGCUGCAGCUGAAGAUGGGGGUCGUAAACCCAGAGUGGCCGAGAAGAAGAAGAGCGGUGAAGGGCGACUGGCGCCUGGUGGUCGGCCACGACCUGCGCAGAUUAAACUGGAGAUCGCGGAUCUCGAACCGAUGAUAAAUGUUGACUGUCCUUCUGGACAAGGAGCUCUGGGUCGUCAGGCACCAAGAAGUCCGAAGCUGUCGGGGCCGACCGCCUUCGCUAGGCCUGGGACUUCAACUUCACCUAAGGUCUCGUCCACAGGGAAGAAAGGUAUUCAACGCAACUUUGUUCAAGGUCUGGGCUCGGAUUUCCAGCUAGACUUGCACAGUGGCAGCACAGAUCGACUGGAGCGCUCGUACGACUUGUCCGCGUCGGGGACAUUCGACGCGGUGGGGUUCCAGAUCAAGCAAACGGGUCUUACUCGAUCGCCAGAUCGGGAUUCUGAUGGCGUUUCGAGCACUCGGUCCGACAGACCGCCCAAUACCAAGAAACAUUUGGUGAAGCUUGGUGUUCUCGGUCGUGGAGCGAGCGGAGUAGUGCACAAGGCGCUUCACGUUCCGUCCCUGAUGCUCGUGGCUGUGAAAGUCAUCCCGGUGUUCGAGCACGAGAAAAGACAUCAGUUGAUCGCGGAGCUAAAGGCGCUGUACAACAAUCUGUCUACGCUGCCGGAUGCUGAGAGUGUGGAGAAUGCCCGACAGAGCGUGGCGUGUCCGGAGCUCGUGUGUCUCUACGACGCCUUCAUGAACCCGAACGAGGGCAACGUCUCGAUCGUGGUCGAAUACAUGGAUGGCGGCUCGCUUCAGGACAUCGUGGACACUGGAGGCUGUACCAGUGAGGUGGUGCUGGCCAACAUCUCCUUCCGCGUGUUAAAGGGCCUGGCAUUUCUCCAUAGCACACACCAACUGCACCGUGACAUCAAACCGAGCAAUCUACUCAUCAACCAUUUUGGUGAUGUCAAAGUCUCGGACUUUGGGAUCGUGCGCGAAAUGGAAAACUCUAUGGCCAAAGCCACAACGUUCGUCGGCACACUCACCUACAUGUCCCCCGAGCGUAUCGCCAGCGAGGUCAGAUUCAACUUCCGCUGCAUAUUUCUCCUUCAGGCCAGCUGA